AAGGAGUGGGAUUGAGGAUUGCUGCUUUGCUGAUGAACGUAAUGUCCAUGAAAGCAGGAAGGCUUGGAGGACAAUGAGAGUGGCCCAUGGGUGCUGCAAUUGCGCCACCCUUUAGUGCUACAUUAUCCCUCUGCAAACAACAAGCAGUGGGCAUUGUUGCAGUGAGAAUUCAUUUGUUGCUUCUUGAUUAAGAUAUGCCGAAUGCGCCCAAGGUGAAAUGAAUCCUAAAGGCAUGCUGUAGCCGCUGUAGCCGCUGUAGCCUAAUUUGCAGCUUCAAUGGUUCGACAGAUUGUGGAAGCUUGCUGCCAGAAUAGUACCACCUGGUUGCAAGCAUAUUGAGCUGCUGUUGCCUUUCAGUGAGCUAUCAAGUCCCCAUAAUCAUUUGGUCAGCUCAGAAUGGGACAUUCUAUGGUUCCUGACGAGUGAGCGGUUCAAUCAGCUGGAUGGCUGACAUUGGCCUGCAGUGAUUCAAUGCGGCUUGUAGGGCAAGGCCAAGGAGAAGUAUCAAUGGUCUUCCUUCUCAGGCACUAAGAAUCCUGAGAGUACAAAGGCUGCCAAGAUGCCAACGUCCUACUUGUACCAGCGGCAGAUAACUGCAGUCAGAAGGUCGGGGAUGCAGCUGUGCCAGGACACCAUGGCAGCACGCAUUCCUCUAUUGUUGAGACCUGAGCAGGACGUGGCCAUGCUUGAAGGGAUUGACAAGGUGUUUGCUGCCAAAUGGGUUGACGAUGGCACCAUCUGCUUUGGAACAAAGUGCAACAGGCUCUUUGUGCAAGACCUCUUGGGAAAGCAGAUAGAGAUACCGCUUGUGGAGGUUCGAAGGAUGGAGGAAGCUCGGCGUCAAGAAGGAAGUGGGAUACAUACAAUAUCCAUCAAUGCCUCUCAGACUUUGCUGGCAACUGGUGGCGCUGAUCCAAAUGACAUUUCAAUCUUCAAGCUUCCAACAUUUGAACCGCUGCAGGUCCUAUCUAAACAUCAAGACUGGCUCUUUGGAACGGCCUGGGUUACUGACAGCAUGCUGGUAUCAGGUUCUCGGGAUGGUACCAUAAAACUUUGGAGUUGUCGAGCGGGCAGGAAAUUUGUGAACACACAGCCAAAAGCAUCGAGGGCAGAUCAUCGGGGAAAGGUUCGAGAUGUAGGCUACUCUGCUGAAAAAGAGCAACUAUUGACGCUGGGCCAAGAUGGCACACUCAGGAUCUGGGAUCCUCACGUGAUGGAGUCGAUUACGACGGUGAAGCUUCCGUACCAGAAGGAGCUGGUUACCUUGGCCGUAAUGCAACCGCUCGCCGCCAUCGGAUCAGCCAACCACGUCACGUUCGUCGACAUGCGCUGUGGUCACGUGGCGCACUCUGUAGAGUCUCUCGACGAAGGAUGGGGGAUCCGGUCGCUUGCAUUCAAAGGCGACAUCCUAAGCGUAGGCGGUGGAAAGGGGCGGCUAUCAUUCCUGGAUUUGCGAACCCUCAAGUACUUGCCCCUUCGGGGCCCGGAAGGCGCAGAGCAGCUGGCCUCGGGAAAAAAGCCUUCCGAGUCGUACUACUUCGAAACCGGAAAAGGAGCCCUAGAGCACAACGACGUAUAUUACCAGCACUUUCGGGGCCAGAACGUCAAGCACGCAAUCUAUUCUCAUGCGUAUGAUCCUUCGGGGACUAAAAUGCUGGUCGCUGGUGGCCCUUUGCCGUUUGGUCUUCGCGGUAAUUACUUGGGAGUUUGGUAACCGCACAACUGGACGAUAGCCUUUUGAGACACGAGAUUCGACUUUAUCAAAUUUGUACGAUAUGCACAGUUCAAGAAGGCGCCGAGUAGGAGUCGGGUCCUACUCCGUCUCCUUUCAGUUGUCGUUCCGAGAGGGACAUGUUGUCGAAAGGCCAACAGAGCAAGAGAAGAUCAAGUAGUGUAUGAAUAGCUGUUUCUGAAAGGAGUCGAGAGGUCUUCGGGUCUCUAUUGUUGAAUUAGGGGACCAGAAAGUUUCUAGGUUAACUGUCCGCCGAUGGAGGUAUCCGAUUGUUUCACAAUUUAGGUCUAGAGAGACGCAAGUAUCCAAAAUACUUUAAGAAGGUGAUAUUCAGAGAGACAAUUGACGAUUGCAGGUGACUCUGUAUUGACUGUAUUGGUGCAAAGAUCAUUUGUAACUAUGAUGAUUGGAUUGUACGGAAUCUUAUUUCUGC